AUGCCUCUACAUGGAAGCUACGUCGCCGUUGGUUCCAACAUCUUCGUGAUGGGUGAAUUUCAAGAUUGGAGCAUCACGUCGACUGUUUCCCUCAUCGUCUGUAGAUCUCAGACGACUCAGCCUCUCUCUGACAUGCUCAAGAUCAAUGGUGAAGAAAGGGAGAAGACACUCUCUGACAUCGCCAAAGCAUGCGAAGAAUGGGGUUUCUUUCAGCUGGUGAGCCAUGGGACUCCACUGGAGCUUCUGAACAAAGUUAAGGAGCUGAGCUCAGACUGCUACAAAAUAGAGAGAGAAGAAGCGUUCAAGACUUCAACACCCGUGAAGCUGCUCAACGAACUGCUUGAGAAAAACUCUGGAGAGAAGCUCGAAAGCGUUGACUGGGAAGAUGUUUUCACUCUCCUAGACCAUAACCAAAACGAGUGGCCAUCCAACAUUUCUGGCCUCAAAGAGACGAUGUUGGAAUACAUAGGAGAAGUGAUGAAGCUAGCGAGCAAGAUGAUGGAAGUGAUGGAUUAG